CAGCUAUUGCAGAGAUAUUGCAGCUACAAAUAUAUCUCAUCACUUUAACAUAUUAUUAUAAGUUUUAACAAAGAAAAAAAACAAAAACAAUGAAUUGCUUGCAGUCUUCUUGGCCUGAGCCUAUCGUUCGAGUCCAGUCCCUGGCAGAAAGCGGCAUAACCACAAUCCCGGACCUCUACAUCAAACCCCCCGCCAAACGACCCUCUCUUCUUCCCGAAAACUGCAACCAAGCUGACGUGGAAGUCAACAUCCCGGUCAUUGACCUCCAGAACCUGCUGAACCAGGAGGAGAGCCUGCGCCAACCGACGCUGCGUUCGAUCUCGAGCGCCUGCAGGGAGUGGGGGUUUUUUCAGGUGGUGAACCACGGGGUGAGCGAGGAGCUGAUGAGGCGGGCGAGGGACACAUGGCGCGAGUUUUUCGGGCUGCCGCUGGAUGUGAAGCAGGAGUAUUCGAACAAGCCGAGUACGUACGAAGGGUACGGGAGUCGGCUGGGGGUUGAGAAGGGGGCUAUUUUGGACUGGAGCGACUAUUACUUUCUCCAUUAUAUGCCCGCCUCCCUCAGAAACCAUAGCAGGUGGCCUGCCCUCCCAUCUUCAUGCAGGAAACUGAUUGAAGAAUACAGUGAGGCAACUGUAAGACUAUGUGGAACACUGAUGAAGCUCCUGUCACAAAACCUUGGGCUAGAGGAAGACCAGCUUCUCAAUGCAUUUGGAGGAGAAGAAAACAUUGGGGCAUGUUUGAGGGUCAACUUCUACCCAAAAUGCCCCCAGCCAGACCUAACCCUUGGCCUCUCAGAACACUCUGACCCAGGUGGCUUGACCCUUCUUUUGCCUGAUGAAAAUGUGGCUGGGCUUCAAGUGCGCAAAGGGCAGAGUUGGGUUACAGUGAAACCAGUUCCAAAUGCCUUCAUUGUGAAUAUUGGAGACCAAAUGCAGGUGCUGAGCAAUGCAAUUUACAAGAGCGUGGAGCACAGAGUGAUUGUAAAUUCAGUCAAAGACAGGGUCUCUUUGGCCUUGUUUUAUAACCCAAAGAGUGAUUUGUUGAUCCAACCUGUCAAGAAGCUUGUCACAAAGGACCGUCCUGCCCUUUAUGCACCCAUGACAUAUGAUCAAUAUCGACUUUUCAUUAGGACGAAGGGGCCUUGUGGCAAGGCACAAGUUGAAUCGUUAAAAUCCUAUGAAUAAUAAUAUUUAAUUUCUCUGUCUUUUAUUAGAA